AUGGGGAGAGAAAAGAGGGCUGGUCCGGCCGUCGUCACGGCGAAGGACAAGGCCCGAAAACGCAAGGAGAUUGACCGCAAGGCACCCCUGCCAUCUGGCUUGAAAGCUGCCAGGGACACAAGUACCAAGUACAAGAGUUUCUUCGAGUUGGUGCAGAACAAGGAUUUCAAGAGCAAACCGCUCGAGUUCGAGAAAACGUCAAAACGCGAACCCCCUCCGCUUUUCGCCUUUGUGCCCGUCGGCAACCCUGAGCUGGCUGUGGCGUGCAAGGAACUCUCGCGCGAGCGAGGGGCCAUGGUCUACAUCGUAUCCGAGACCAGAAAUGACAAUAUCUCCGACCUUGUACACCAGACGAACCGGAUCGGCUACCACUUUCGUCAACAGAUCGUACAAGAGGCCGCCCGUACAUUAGGCAUCGAUUAUUUCAACAAACCUCAGCAACUCGCGCCCAAUGGCUGCGAGCUGAUCCCGUCUUCUCAGGUGGACAUUAACAAUCAAGCUAGGGCUGCUAUUGAUGACCUAUUUCCCAAGAUGCCUGGACUCGACAAGGAGGAGAUUGUCGCUCGCGCUUUUCGAAAGAAUUCCAUGUUCAACGGCGAGCUUGUCGUUGGGAUGCAGCAAGAUUUGACUCUCUCUCGCCGUGUGCAGUUAGCUGUGCUGGCUCACAUUAGGCACGCCCAUACGCGGUAUGACGAACUUCUUAGGGAAACCACAUGGUCCAACGCUCGAAGAGCCACGGAGGCGCUUUGCCUCGAUAUCCUCGUCAAGUGGCGAGGCGAUGACGAGUCUGGGCGAGACCAGCUCGACGAAAUCAUGAGAGAGAUUGUGGUCGUGACAGACGACGAAGGCGACGAUGCCCCGGAAGAUGCCAUCGACGAUCCUGAUUCCGACUCCUCGAGCAGCGUCGAGUUUCAAGGCAGCAAUGCCCUUGUGCCUAACCCCAUCACAGCUCUUGAUGCAGCACGCAACACUCCUCUCAACGGUCGUGCGGCAUCCGCUAAACCUCAGCGGAAGGCGCGGAAGAAGCAGGGCAUUCCAGUGAAGUCGGCGAAGUCAAGGAAGGCUCAGUUGCACGAGCAGCGCAAAGCCCAGAAGAGUCUCAAGCGGUACGAGGUGGCUUGGAACCAGGCACUCGACCGUCAACGGGCGAACCCGAAUCCUCAAGAGGCACCCGAGGCUGGUGGAUCUGCUAGUCACGGAUCCUAUCCUCACGGGUUUUCUGAUUAUCCAGUACCUCCAUCCCAUCCCUCUCCCCAUCUCUCUGCUAUUCGUGGGCCGUCUCAAACGGGGUAUACAUUGGGGUAUACUCAGAGCGGCAUCAUUGGCGAGCCACGGCCCGGUUCAUAUUUUCGACCUCCCCCUCCAUUACCUGAACCCCACUUUACAGCAUCCGAAAGACCUACAUUCGAAGCGGCAAGCGAACCUUGGCGCCAGGUGGGUGUUCAUAAUGUAGCACGCUCUAGGAGCCGGCCCUCAGACGGCUACAACGUACCUCUGCAGGACAUGCUACAUCCGUCCAUUGAACAGCCGUCCCCUCAGCGUCCCUCCUUUGGUCAGCGCGAGGAACGGCCCAUGACCCCAACAUACCGCGGACCCGAUUCCCUACAGAGAGUAGCAGCGGGUCGAGAAGGCCGUCCCCUAGUUCCUCUGGAGCGGCACCUUGCUUACAAUGACGACGGCCACGCACCCCGUGAAUGCCCCUAUCGACAAGGCUAUCAUCCUUAUGAUGAUCGUGAUGCAGGGCCCUCGUCUGGACGACAACUCGACCAGACGUCAUUUGACUACCCCAGCCGGCUAGCCCACGCUCAGCACGCGCCCUACCGCGGCUACGCAGCGCAGCCCAUGUCAGCGGAGAGUAGUUCCAAUGGAUAUGUCAUCAAUGAUCGUCAAUACACUCCUCGGACGCCACUACCCCCUGAUCAUCAGAUCAUACUCAUCGACAGUUGA